UAACCUUAAGGGUAUCCUUCACAAGGACUCCCAAGUGCCGUUGCAUCUCAGAACUCUGAAUUUUCUCCCCAUUUAAAUAAUAGUCUGCCCGUUUAUUUCUUCUACCAAAGUGCAUGACCAUACACUUUCAGACAAUGUAAUUCAAUUGCCACUUCUUUGCCCAUUCCCCCAAUCUAUCCAAGGCUCUCUGCAGAUUCUCUGUUUCCUCAGUACUACGAGCCCCUCCACCUAUCUUAGUAUCAUCAACAAACUUAGCCACAAAGCCAUCUAUUCCAUAAUCCAAAUCGUUGAUACACAACGUAAAAAGAAACAGCCCCAACACGGACCCCUGUGGAACACCACUGGUAACCGGCAGCCAACCAGCAUGGGAUGCCUUUAUAAAACAACACACACAAAAUGCUGGUGGAACACAGCAGGCCAAGCAGCAUCUAUAAGGAGAAGCACUGUCCACGUUUUGGGCCGUGACCCUUCGUCAGGACUCAAUGGGAAUGCCUUUAUUCCCACAUUCUGUUUCCCGCCAAUCAACCAACGCUCUAUCCACGUAUGUAAUUUUCCCGUAAUUCCAUGGACUCUUAUCUUGUUUAGCAGCCUCGUGUGGCACCUUGUCAAAGGCCUUCUGAAAAUCCAAAUACACAACAUCCACUGCGUCUCCCUUGUCUAGCCUACUUGUGAUUCCCUCAAAAAAUUACACUAGGUUUGUCAGGCAGGAUUUUCCUUUAAGGAAACCAUGCUGAGUUCAGCCUAUCUUGUCAUAUGCCUCCAGGUACUCCGUAACCUCAUCCUUGACAAUCGACUCCAACAACUUCCGAACCACCGCUGUCAAGAUAACAGCUGUGCGGACCAACCAUUCAUCUGGGCAGGAAACGUUUACAUGGCUUCAAAACUGUGGCACUUCACAUUGACAAUAGAUAAAAGAAAAUCCCAGCUGCACAUCAACAAAGGGUAUUUGUGUGAGAGUGUUCAGUUACUUUGCGGACAGGCACUCUUGCAGCUCAGUGGAAACAGAGAAUAAUACCAAUGGAGAGAGUCAAACUGAGCCAGGUCACAGAUUGGUGACGGCAGAAAUGCCCGAUUCUUAUAGACACAGGAAGAUCAUCAGAGAGUUUGAUGGUCAUUCCAGAUACCUGCACUGUGCCCAGCUGGAAGAUGACUUCUCUCUCCAACUUGGGUUGAACCUCACUGUAAGAGUGUGAUGCCAGAUCACACCUUGACACCUCAAGUAAUCUCGUCUGACAUAUUGUCCUUCACCCAUUGAUGUACUAUAAAUCUUUUUCAGGUUAAAAACAACAAGGAAAUUAUCUACGGGGAGGUCAAACACAACACGCUGUUUUGUUGUCUAUGUCCAGAUAUUUAAGAAGUGGAACAAGGGAUUUACUCGAUCAUCAUUCCUACUCAGGCUGUGGGGAGUGAUUCACUCGAUCAUUAUUCCUAUUCAGACUGUGGGAGAGAUUCAUCGAUCAUCUGACCGACUGACAUGCUGUCAAUUUACACGGGGGGAAUCCAUUUAUCUGCUCAGUCAUCCACUCUAAUGGCUCACCAGCGAGUUCACACCGGGGUGUGGCCAUUCACCUGCUCAGACUGUGGGAAGGGAUUCACGUUGUCAGCUCACCUACUGAGUCAUCAGUCAGUUCACACGGGUGAGAGGCCAUUCACCUGCUCUGACUGUGGGAAAGGAUUCACUUUGUCAUCUAAUCUUAAGCUACAUCAGCGAGUUCACUCUGGGGAGAGGCCGUUCACCUGCUCAGACUGUGGGAAGGGAUUGGCGUUGUCUUCCCACCUACUGAGACAUCAGUUAGUACACACUGGUGAGAGGCCGUUCACCUGCUCAGAAUGUGGGAAAAGAUUCACUUCGUCAUCUCAACUUAAGGUACAUCAGCGAGUUCACACUGGGGAGAGGCCAUUCACCUGCUCAGACUGUGGAAAAGAAUUUACUCAGUCAUCCCACCUACAAGCACAUCAGCGAGUUCACACUGGGGAGAGGUCGUUCACCUGCUCAGAGUGUGGGAAGGGAUUCGCGUUGUCAUCUCACCUACUGAGACAUCAGUUAGUACACACUGGUGAGAGGCCGUUCACCUGCUCAGAAUGUGGGAAAAGAUUCACUUUGUCAUCUCAACUUAAGGUACAUCAGCGAGUUCACACUGGGGAGAGGCCGUUCACCUGCUCGGACUGUGGAAAAGGAUUCACUCAGUCAUCCCACCUAGAAGCACAUCAGCGAGUUCACACUGGAGAGAGGCCAUUCACCUGCUUAGACUGUGGGAAGGCAUUCACACAGUUUGCUACCCUACAAGCACACUGGUCAGUUCACACUGGGGAGAGGCCGUUCACCUGCUCAGACUGUGGGAAAGGAUUCACUUCGUCAUAUAAACUUAAGAUACAUCAGCGAGUUCACACUGGGGAGAAGCCAUUCUCCUGCUUAGACUGUGGGAAGGGAUUUGCGUUGUCAUCUCACCUACUGAGACAUCAGUCAGUUCACACUGGUGAGAGCCCGUUCACCUGCUCAGAAUGUGGGAAAGGAUUCACUUCAUCAUUUAAACUUAAGGUACAUCAGCGAGUUCACAUGGGGGAGAGGCCGUUCACCUGCUCGGACUGUGGGAAAAGAUUCACUUCGUCAUCUCAACUGGAGAUUCAUCAGCAAGUUCACACUGGGGAGAGGCCGUUCACCUGCUCAGACUGUGGGAAAGGAUUCACUCAGUCAUCCCACCUACAAGCACAUCAGCGAGUUCACACUGGGGAGAGGCCAUUCACCUGCUCAGACUGUGGGAAAGGAUUUACUCAGUCAUCCCACCUACAAGCACAUCAGCGAGUUCACACUGGGGAGAGGCCAUUCACCUGCUCAGACUGUGGGAAAGGAUUCACUCAGUCAUCCCACCUACAAGCACAUCAGCGAGUUCACACUGGGGAGAGGCCAUUCACCUGCUCAGACUGUGGGAAAGGAUUUACUCAGUCAUCCCACCUACAAGCACAUCAGCGAGUUCACACUGGGGAGAGGCCAUUCACCUGCUCAGACUGUGGGAAAGGAUUUACUCAGUCAUCCCACCUGCGAGCACAUCAGCGAGUUCACACUGGUGAGAAGCCGUUCACCUGCUCAUUGUGUGGGAAGGGAUUCGCGUUGUCCUCUCACCUACUGAGACAUCAGCGCGUUCACACUGGGGAGAGGCCAUUCACCUGCUCAGACUAUGGAAAAGGAUUCACUCAGUCAUCCCACUUGCGAGCACACUACUCAGUUCACACCGGGGAGACUCUGGACACCUGCUCGGACUUUGGGAAGAGAUUCUCUCAGUCAAAUCAACCAAAUGUGCAUCAUUGAGUUCACACUGGAGAGACCAUUCACUGGAUGUGUGUCCAUCACCGUUGCUGAAUGCAAUUUCGAGACUGACUGUCGGUGCUGAACUCUGCAAUCAUUGCUGCUGCUCACCACACCCAGUUCUGCACCCUGGUCAAUGGGCAUGGGAGGAGUUUCUUCUGCUGCACAUUCACCUUUAAUAGGACUGGAGUUUAAUAUUCUGCAUCUGUGACAAAUAAAUCAGUUCUAUUUUAAACUCUGUCUCUGGUACUUAGUGAAACUAUAACACACGUAGUGCACAGUAGAGAGUCAACUCAGGCCGCCUGGACUUUGCUGAGAUUCAAUUCCACGACAGUCCUUUUAAAUCAUCCCCUGUUAUUCACCUCUCACUCUCCCUGUGGUGAUGGGUUCCAAAUAGUCACCACUCUGUGGGUGAAGAGGUUUCCCUUGAAUUCUCUGUGGACCGAAGAAGUUGAGCUGACUGCAGUUCUGUCCGAGAUGUUCUUCGCCCCUCAAAUCUCUGGAUGAGGAAGAAUGACAUUGGUAGUUAACCUCAAUAAUCACGACUCAUUUCCAUUUUAUGGGUCAUUUUUCCUACUUACAAAGGGUUGUUGAAAACACCAGUGUCGUUUAAAGACUGGAAUUAGAAUCGGAAACCAUCAGUUGGAUGUUCAAAGAAUCAUGGUCAGAAGCCAGAGGCAGGUCUGCACAGGGUAGAGUUUGUGGCUCUGGAAGAUGGUUGGGGUAAGAACGUAUUAUGAGAAGGGAAUCAGCAGCAGGAAGUGGAAACAAAUAACAAAAUAGGAACAUUUUGAAGCUGAUUGACAGAAAAUAAUUGGGUUGUCUGACUGAUGACAGAAACAAUGCCUGUUGUGAGGUGCUCCAUUGGUCGAGGGAGAUGUGGGUGUUGGGAAUGGUUAUAUCUAUUGAGGGAGUUAGUCCUGCUUGUUCAUCCUGCAAUAUAAUUUCUGGAUGGUUAUUAUAUAACCAUAUAAUAAUUACAGCACGGAAACAGGCCAUCUCAGCCCUUCUAGUCCGUGCUGAAAGCUUACUCUCACCUAAUCCCACCGACCUGCACUCAGCCCAUAUACCUAUCCAUUUUUUAAAAAAUAUCGAACCUGCUUCUACCACUUCUACUGGUAGCUCCCCCACACAGCUACCACUCUCUGAGUAAAGAAGUUCCCACUUGUGUUACCUCUAAACUUUUGCCCCCUCUCAAAUCAUGUCCUCUUGUUUGAAUCUCCCCGACUCUCAAUGGAAAAAGUCUAUCCGCAUCAACUUCAUCUAUCUCCAUCAUAUUUUUAAAUACCUCUAUCAAGUCCCCACUCAAACUUCUACGCUCCAAAGAAUAAAGACCUAACUUGUUCAACUUUUCUCUGUAACUUAGGUGCUGCAACCCACGUAACAUUCUGGUAAAUUUUCUCUGUACUCUAUUAUAUUGACACCUUUCCUAUAAUUCAGUGAACGGAACUGUACACAGUACUCUGAAUUCGGCUUGAACAAUGCCUUGUAUAUUUUUAACAUUACAUCCCAACUGCUAUACUCAAUGCUCUGAUUUAUAAAGGCCAGCAUACCAAAAUCUUUCUUCACAACCCUAUCCACAUGAGAUUCCACCUUCAGGGGACUAUUCACCAUCAUUCUAUUAUCUAUGCCCCACAGAUCACUCUGUUCUACUGCAUUCUUCAAUGUCUUACUGUUUACUAUGUAUGUCCUAUUUUGAUUAGACCUACCAAAAUGUUGCACCUCACACAUCAGCAUUAACCUCCAUCUGACAUCUUUCUGUCCACUCUUCUAACUGGCUUAAUUCUCUCUGCAAGCUUUAAAAACCUGCUUCAUUAUCCACAACGCCACCUAUCUUAGUAUCAUCUGCAUACUUUCUAAUCCAAUUUACCGCCCCAUCAUCCAGAUCAUUAAUGUAUAUAACAAACAACAUUAGACCCAGUACAGAUCCCAGAGGCACACCACUAGUCACCGGCCUCUAACCGGACAAACAGUUAUCCACCAUUACUCUCCCAUCUAGCCACUGAUAAAUCCAUUUUACUACUUCAAAAUUAAUACCUAACGAUUGAACCUUCCUAACUAACCUUCCAUGUGGAAUCAUGUCAAAGGCCUUACUGAAGUCCAUAUAGACAACAUCCACUGCUUUAUCCUUGUCAACUUUCCUAGUAGCCACUUCAAAAAGUUCAAUAUGUUUUAUCAAACAUGACCUUCCACGCACAAAUCCAUGUUGACUGUUCCUAAACAGACCCUGUCUAAUCAGAUAAUUAUAUAUACCAUAUCUAAGAAUAUUUUCCAUUAAUUUACCCACCACUGAUGUCAAACUUACAGGCCCAUCAUUGCUAGGUUUACUCUGAGAUACCUUUUUAAACAAUAGAACAACAAUACGCCAAUUCUCUGGCACCAUCCCCCUUUCAAAUGACAUUAGGAAUAUUUUUGUCAGAGUCCCUGCUAUUUCUACACUAACUUCCCUCAAGGUUCUAGGAAAUAUCCUAUCAGGACCGGAGACUUGUCCACUUUUAUAUUCUUUAAAAGCUUUAGUACUUCCUCUUCGUUAAUCAUCUUAGUUUCCAUAACUACCCUACUUGUUUCCCUUACCUUACACAAUUCAAUAUAAUUCUCCUAAGUGAAUACUGAUGAAAAUAAAAUUUUCAAAACCUCCCCCACUCCUUUUGGCUACACACAUAGCUGUCCACUCUGAUUCUGUAAGGGACCAAUUUUAUCCCUCAUUAUCCUUUUGCUAUUAACUUAACUGUAGAAACCCUCUGGAUUCAUUUUCACCUUACUUGCCAAAGCAGCCUCAUAUCCUCUUUUAGCUUUUCUAAUUUAUUUUUACAUUUUUACAUUCUUUAUAUUAGAUUCUUUUUACAUUCUUUAUAUUCCCCGAGCACCACAAUUGCUCCAUGCUGCCUAUAUUUAUUAUAGAUCUCUCUCAUUUUCCAAACCAAGUUUCCAAUAUCCCUUGAAAACCAUGGCCCUCUCGAACU